CGUGGGUGCCUGGGAGCGACCGUGACGCGAGGAUAAGGCGAAGCGCGAAGGUGAAUAUGAAGGAGAAGCUAUCGGCGGUCGCCAAGACAUUCUCUCCGUCGCCAAUUCAACAGCUGUCUCAUCUCGCUCAACGCUGCAACGUCAUCAACCUCGCCGAGGGCUUCCCCGAUUUCCCCGCGCCUUCCCACCUCAAGAGCGCGGCCGUCUCCGCCAUCAACUCCGACUUCAACCAGUACAGGCAUGUGCAAGGGAUCUGCGACCGUCUGGCCAAGAUAGCGAAGGACAUGCACGGUCUUGAAGUCGACCCCCUCACUGAUAUCGCCAUUUGCUGCGGUCAAACCGAGGCUUUUGCUGCUGCUAUCUUUUCCGUAAUCGACACAGGUGACGAAGUUAUACUGUUUGAUCCUUCCUAUGAGGCAUACGAUGCUUGCAUCUCCAUGGCUGGUGGAGUGCCUGUUUAUGUGGCCCUCGACCCACCUCAUUGGACUUUGGACAGUGAAAAAUUCCUAAAGUCCUUCACCAGCAGAACAAAAGCUGUGGUAUUAAACAGUCCCCAUAAUCCAACUGGAAAAGUCUUCAACAAGGAUGAGCUUGAAGUGAUUGCUACAGCUUGCUGCACAAAUGAUUGCCUGGUUAUCACAGAUGAAGUGUAUGAACACAUUACAUAUGACAAGACAAAACAUAUAUCCCUCGCUGCUCUUCAAGGAAUGCCGGAGAGGACAAUAAUUACUUCUUCGCUGUCGAAAACCUUCAGUGUUACAGGCUGGAGGAUUGGAUGGGCAAUUGCCCCUGCUGCCAUUGCAUCGGCCAUAAAGAACAUACAUGUCAGGAUCACAGAUUCGGCUCCAGCACCUUUCCAGGAGGCUGCCUUGACUGCUCUUGAAAGUCAGCCACAGUAUUUUGAAUCAUUGAGACAAGAUUAUGAAGUAAGAAGAGAUUUCUUAACUAAAAUUCUGGCUGAAAUUGGUUUGAGCAUUCGGUUUAAAGCUCAGGGUUCAUUCUUUAUAUUUGCGGAGAUUCCUGAGGAGUGCCUUUUGUCGGACGUUGAUUGUGUUAAAAAGCUGAUAGAAGAGGCAGGGGUGGUUGGUGUACCAGGUUGUGGAUUCUUCCACUCAAACAAACUAGUUGACGAUGGUGCUGAUAAUUUCUAUCAUAAGAGGUACAUCAGGUUUGCUUUCUGUAAAAGUGAUGAUACAUUAGCUGCUGCAGCACAAAAUCUGCGAGAGUUCAUUAGUAGAGCAGGUGCCUUUGACCGCAGUGAAAGUGUAAAGUGCUAAUCUGUCUGAAGCUGCCAGUUGAGAAUUGUAAAAUUCAUGAGCUAUAUUUUUCCAGUA